AUGGGAGAAACGGGUGGUGAGAUACGCGUGACACGUGAUGCAAUUCGAAUUCGUAGUAAAAAGGACCUUACUGGAUGUCCGGCAAUCGAUCGAUGCCAAAGUCGGAUGGCCUACCGCAAUUGCAUCCUUUACGGGGCCAAUCAAUGCAGUAAGCCGCAAGACAAGCCUCACACGGCUAAUCACAGUCUGAUUGGUUUAAACGAAAAGUCUGUGACGGGGACAGCCAAUAGACCCUCUGAGGGUCUGAAACAGCCAAAAUUAUAUGCCCCCGUCGUGCGAAGUUCCCUCCCAAAUGAUCUAAAACUAACAGGCUUCUUGAAUCAAUUCAAUCAAUCCAUCACCUAUAAACCAUGUACCAUUGGUACAUUGGUUCCAGCUGCUAAAGUUUUGAUCCCCGGAAAACGGGAAACUGGAAUAUACAACCAAGCCUUGGAGGCGAAGGCAUGUUCAGUUUUUUCCGAAACUGGACAGCUACGUGUUGAAGGCGAUGACUUUGGUGCACGAGCACCACUGACUGUAUGA